AUGCAGGGGAUCGAUGGAUCACCUCCAGCUGCCUCAGACGAUCACGAGGUCGUGGCCUUCGUCGUCACUCCGGAACAGUCCCGGCGACCGCCGAUUUGGAGCUCUGCAGCGGCAGCGGUGGCGGCUUCAGCUGCAGCAGCUGCCGCUGGAACACCACUAUCUGAUGCAAAAGUAAGGGAAGAUAUGUGGAGGAGGUUAGUUCACCGUCCUCUGCCUCCGGCCUUCUCCUCUCCUGCACCGGAAAGCACAUCUGCAGCCUCGACCUGGACGCAGGAUCCCGAUCUGCCGUGCUCGGCCAUGGAGGAAAGCCCUCACCAGGAGAGGUGCAAAGGUGCAGAAUGUGAUUCAAGACGCGAGAGAGGUGGGGCCCACGCCGAUGAACUUUUGAGGCGACCAUUGUUCCACAGCCCUGCUACGCAAGGAUUUUCACAGCUGCAGAGCGGAACAACUGCUGCCGCGAAUGACAAUUAUUCGUGCGCUCUGCGUGUGGAGGAACCCAUGAUCGGGGAUUUCAAGACUGUCAUUCAAAUGCUGAGACGCAAUGGUUUCCAGGAGGUUCAACACGUUCUGAUGUCGAAGGAUGCAGAUGCGCAAGGUGUGCCAGGUGGUCAGUUGACGGAGCUUGUAGCCGACGGGCACGGCCUGUGGACGACCUGUGCUGAGGUGUUGCUGGCUUACGAGAAUCGCGGACGGCGCUUGCAGCAGGCAUUGCUGGGCGAGCGGACCGAGGAGAGAUGUCGGCGUGAUGGUCGAGUUCACAGUCUGCUCCACGAAAAUUCCAAGUUACAGGAAGAACUGAAGGCGGCCAAAGAAACGCACAGAGCAGGGACGUCAGGAAGCAGGAGUGGUGACACCAGCUUCGGAUCUUCAGCGCAAAGCACCUGGAGCCCAAAUGGCCCAUCUCCCUCCUCAAGGCCAUCUCCUCAGGCGGCAGGCGCUUUGCGCGACCGGCAGCUGCAGGAGCUCACGGUUCGGGCCCAGAAAGCUGAGAUUGCAGCGCGGCAGCGCGAGCGGGAGCUGGACAAAAUGAAAUCCCGUCUGGAGCAGGUGCUAUCAGACGCCGCCAAGCGCAAGGAUCGCGAGCGUUCAGCUCUGGCACGCAUCUCGAAGAAGGCCGCUCGUGAAGAUACCGUGGAGGCGCUUAUAGCUCACAAGGCAGCGUCGGAAGCUGCGCAGGCAGAAGCGUCGGCUCUCAGAAAGCAGGUCCACAUUCUCAGUUUUCAGUUGGAGGAGGCAGAAGACAAACUCCGACAGAUGCAGGCGGUCAAAGCCCGCGUGGUGGUGCGAACGGUUGAGGAUGCUCCGGAGACAAGCACAGGCGAUGCUGAGGCGCUUGCCGAGGAAAGAGAUCGAAGAGUGGGGUUGGAGGAACAGCUGAAGGAGAGUCAUCUGCGCUAUUCCGAGCAGAUCAGCCGGCUCUCUGCCUCUUGUCGAGAAGCAGAGGAGGAAGUCGCAAAGCUCAAGAUUGAGCUUCAUGAGAGGGCCAGGGAGCCGCGACCCGUGGACACCAGGCUGCAGCGAGAAGUGCUGAAGCUACGCGAGGAGCUGGCCGAGGUGCGGAAAGCUUGGAAGACGACAGACACGCGGAGUCUCAUUCAGCGUGACAAGGAGCUGCGGCGCCUUGGCCUAGAUGCAGCGGCCUUGGAGGAGCAGCUGGCCAAGCCGGAUCUCUGUGCAGUGCUAGUGGAGUUGUGCAGGCUCGUGCGAGUGCCCAGCGUGGCAGAAGUGGUGCCGGAGGUCGGUCGGCUGAUUCAGCACUGCAGGUCUUUGGAAGAUGCCGCAGCGAAUGCACGGACGCAGACAUGUCUAGAGCUGGCUGAGGGUACGUUGGAGGCGCUGAAGGAGCACUGGGGCCCGGUCAAGCUUCACAAGGCCCUUCACAGACUGCAGAGUGUUUUGGCAUCAGCGAAGAGGCAGCAAGUGUCAAUGCAGGAGCUUGCCCUGGGCCUGCAGCUUCCAGGUGACGCCUCAAUCGAGCAGUUGCUGGGCAAGGUUCGAGGGAUCACAAAGGCGCAAGAGGACUGGAUGCAGGCCUCGCGUGGGAUGGCCCAGGUGCUAGAGCUUCCCGAAGAUAGCUCGACCACGGAGCUGACAGAGAAGCUCGUCGGUGUGGUUGAAGCGCACCGUGCGAACGAGAAGGCUUGCAACGACAUUGCUAAUGGUCUACGCUUGCCACAUGGUUGUUCACCUAGACGAAUUCUGGAGAGUGUUGGUGGUCUCCAAAGGUCGCAAGAGGACUGGAUGCAGGCCUCGCGUGGGAUGGCCCAGGUGCUAGAGCUUCCCGAAGAUAGCUCGACCACGGAGCUGACAGAGAAGCUCGUCGGUGUGGUUGAAGCGCACCGUGCGAAGGAGAAGGCCUGGGGAGACGUCUUCCCGUCUUUAAAGCUGCCACCAAGCGCGUCUCCGGCCCAGGCGGUGGAGCGAGUUCACGAACUUAUCGUCAAGCUGCGAAGCAACGACGAGGUGUGGAGCGAAGUCGCCCUCGGUCUACAGCUUGCUGAUGCUGACAGAGCAUCCAUCAGUCAAUGCCUGGAGAAGAUUACGGAAAUGGUGGAGACAAAUUCUGCGCAGGUGGCUUUGCUGAACUCGUUGUCGUCCACCAUGCGGUGUUCCAAAGCCGAACUGCAUUCAUGUGCCGAGACGCUGGUCCAAAGUUGUGACGAGCAUGUUGCCGCUUACCGCAUUGUGGCGGCUCUCCAGGGCUUGCUGAAAGUCGACAGCAUUGCAGAGGUGCUGCCGGCGCUAAAGGAAGUCUUGGACAUCGGAAGCCUCCGGCUGAAGGCCGGGCCGCCGCAGCCGCAAGGCGCAGUGAGGGUCGAUGGCCGGCGCGCGGCCAGCAGUUUUUUCCGGUACUUUACAGACAUCCGGCUGCAAGCCCGGCUGGGGCUACAGAGAGUCGCGCAGACGGGCACGCCCUUGGCGGCAGGGGCAGCUGUCUUGGCAGGUGCUGGUUAUGUCGUUACCAACUCUAUUUACACGGUCGACGCCGGCCACAUGUCCAUCAAGUACAGCAAGUUCUUCGGCAUCGGAAACCAGACCUUCAGGGAAGGCGUUCACUUCAUGAUGCCCUAUUUUGAGCGGGCCAUCAUUUUCGAUGUGCGAGCUAGACCACACAUGGUGACUUCAAACACAGGAACGCGAGACUUGCAAACGGUCAACCUAACACUCAGGGCCCUCUGCAAGCCAGACUCAGAGAAGCUCCCAGAGAUCUACAGGAACCUAGGCUUGGACUUCGAUGACAAAGUGAUGCCCUCUAUUGCCAACGAGGUGUUGAAGAGCGUAGUGGCACAGUACAAUGCCUCGCAGCUGAUCACGCAGCGAGAGAUGGUUAGCCGAAUGAUCAGACAGCGACUCAUCCAAAGAGCAUCGGACUUCGGCAUACUCCUCGACGACGUUGCCAUCACUCACUUGAACUUUAGCCCUGAGUACGAAAAGGCUGUUGAGCAGAAGCAGGUGGCACAGCAGCAGGCAGAACGUGCUCGCUACAUGGUCUUGAAGGCUCAGGAGGAGAAGAAGCGAACUAUCAUCCAUGCCGAAGGCGAGAAAGAGUCGGCAAGGAUGAUUGGUGAUGCGAUCAAGGCCAAUCCAGGUUUCGUCGAACUGCGAAAGAUUUCGGUUGCGAAGGAGAUCUCUAGCUUGCUUUCCAAGUCCGCUAAUCGGAUGGUGCUCUCGACGGAGUCGCUUCUCAUGAGCCUCAGUGAGGACGCUGAUAGCAAGGCUCCCGCCAAAAAGAAGUGA